CCAAAAACAGGCGUGAUGAUCAGAACCGUGUCCGGUUCUCCUCUGGCUCCUUCUGUGAAGGUCAAAUUAAUAAACGCAGGUUUUCAAACAGCUGCAGAUCUGACUGAGGUGCAGUCACUCCAGCUGUGCAAAGCAGCAGGAAUCUCUCAGGAGGAGGCUGAUGAAGCGUUGCAGACGCUGCAUGACCAUUCCUUACCCCUCCAGCAGAGGGCAGCAGUACAGGGUCUAACAGCGCUGGAUCUCCUGCACCAGGAGGAGUCUUGGGGCAACAUCGUGACCUUCUGCUCUGAGCUGGACAAUGUGCUCGGAGGUGGGGUUCCUGUGGGGAACACCACGGAAAUCUGUGGUGUCCCAGGCAUCGGAAAAACCCAGCUGUGCAUGCAGCUGGCUGUAGAUGUGCAGAUCCCAGUAUGUUUUGGAGGACUUGGUGGUGAAGCCAUGUUCAUCGACACCGAGGGUGGGUUUGUGGUGCAGCGGCUGGUGGGCGUGGCCAAGGCUGCGGUGGAGCACUGCGCCGCUCUGGUGGAGGACGAAGAGCAGCGUAGUGCUUUAGAAAGCUUCACGGUUGAGAAGAUCCUCUCCGGCGUCUUCCUGGUCCGCUGUCAGGAUCACGUGGAGCUGCUCGCUGAGCUUCACCUGCUGCCCGACUUCCUGAGGACACACCCACAGGUGCGGUUGGUGCUGAUUGACAGUGUGGCUUCUCCGUUCAGACAAGACCUGCAUGAUCUCUCCCAGAGGACACGCCUCCUACACGGUCUCGCCCAACAUCUCACUCAUCUAUCAGCACAGCACGGCACUGCGGUGGUGUUGACCAAUCAGAUGACGACGAAAGUGUCCCCAGGCCACACCCACCUUGUCCCUGCUCUGGGUGAGACCUGGGGUCACGCUGCUACACAGAGACUCAUCCUACACUGGGAAGGAGCUCAAAGGUUUGCGACUCUGAAUAAAUCUUCGAGCCGUAAAGACGCCACAGUCCCCUACAACAUCACGGUGGAUGGAUUCCGAGACGCCAGCAUUUCAGUGUCUUCUGUCCUGUCUCACAGUCCUGCAGCAGGGAGCCACAGUAAACGUCCUCGCACCGAAAACCAGCACACUUAAUCUCUCUCACACACACACACACACACACACACACACACACACACACACACACACACACAUGCUUUGUCUUUGUUUACACACAAGGAACUGACCUGCACUUCCUCCACAAAUGCAGCUCUGUGUUUGAAUAAAGAUUCAUUAUGUGUCGUAGAAAAAUGAUGCACACGAAUUUCACUUUCAAAUCACACACACUUUCUACCAGAACAUCGUCGCUGGAAUAUUCCCCAGGGUGUAGCUGAUCAUCAGAACAGGUUUAUUGUGUAUAUCACUGUGCAUGCAGUAUUGUUUUUUCUAUUUUACAGGUUUUAUAUGAUUUUCAGUCGAGUUUUCAGGUUCGAGUUUUUUCCUCGAGUUUUGAGGAAAUUCGUCUGAAGGUGUUAUAGAUUUAAUCAGAGCAUCUUAUAUAUAUUUAAUGUUCUAAUGUUAAGAUGGAGGAUGUGACCGAGUGACACACACUUGAUGUGAGAAAGCUGUUUUAUUGUACUGUUCUCAUGUGAUUUUCUCUCUCUGUACAUCACUUCAAUUUGCUUCUAUAAAUAAUAAAUAAAUAAAACUUG